AUGGCGACUUUGGCAACGGAACGCACGGCCGAGCCCACACCAACUGGACUGGUCGUUGGUCUGGCAACCACCUCCACCAUUGAAGAAGCAAAAAGUAUCGCGGACCACCUUGUGGGCAAUCAUCUUGCCGCUUGCGUCCAACUCGUUCCUGCAAUUGAAAGCGUUUACCAAUGGAAAGGAAAAAUUGAGAAAAGUUCGGAAGUUCUUCUGAUCAUAAAGACGCAGAGAUCCAAUGCUCAACUCGUGGUGGACGCCAUUAAGCAGCAGCAUUCGUAUGAUGUUCCCGAGGUGGUGUUCACUGACAUCGUGGAUGGCAACGCAGAUUACAUUAACUGGGCGCGAGCCGCCAUGCAGCCGAAGACUCUCUGA